AGAGCCACAGUGCGGCAGGAAAACCGCACCACGGCACCAAAGGACAGAAGAGGGGAGGGAAUGCCAAACACAUACGUUAUCCAUACAAGACUACAUGGACGUGAAAGGGAGAAGCCGUCUGCUUCCAAAGAAUCCAAAGAAUGGAAAUAUGUCUGUUUCCAUUCCAGGUGAAGACCAGCUUUUCCUCUGAAAUCCAAGGAAACCUUCCCGGCUGGGUCUGACGAAGCCCAUUUCAACUGGUAGACGGCAGUAUGGAUGAAAGACGCCAAGACUAGCGACUCAUUGUGUCAACGAGACUGAAUAAGACAAAAAAAACCGCAGUCUGUCUUGUGUUUUAUGACUGAAAGGACCCGUGAACAGUCUGCGGAGAGACACCGCAUCUCACCGUUUUACACCCGUUUAUUGUUUUCCACGAAAUUCCAGUAGUGGGAUGCGUUCGCGUUGUGUUGCUUCAUAGGGUUCAAGAAUUCAAAUUCAGGGAGAAAUAUGGGUGAAGUUCAGGAUAUCAGGGAUGUUAAGAAGACCUUCGUUGCCCCAGCAAUAAAGUCUUUUGAGCACUAUGACCUCUCCCGAGCCAAAAUCUGUUGCAGCCUCACAUGGCUGGUGGCCAAAGCGUACGGGACAGACAGCAUCCCAGCAGACCUAAAGGACCCUUUCUACACAGACCAGUAUGAGCAGGAGCACCUGAAGCCUCCCGUGGCCAGCCUCCUGCUGUCUGCGGACCUCUACUGCAGGGCCGGCAGCCUCAUCCUGAAGAGCGACGCUCCCAAGCCACUGCUGGGCCACGAUGCCGUCAUUCAGGCACUGGCUCAGCGCGGACUCUACGUCACUGACCAGGAGAGGCUGGUCACUGAGAGGGACCUUCGAAAGAGGCCUCUUCAAAUGAGCGCCCACUUGGCAAUGAUCGACACUCUGAUGAUGGCGUACACGGUGGAGGUGGUGAGCGUCGAGAAGGUGAUGGCGUGCAUUCGUCAGUAUUCAUCCAGCGACCCCGAGGUGGAAACACCUUAUGACACAGAGGACGCAGUGACCACCUGGAUCAACAAGGUAAACGAGUAUCUGAAAGAGGUAAUUUCUCUGGAACAGAGGAAAAGGGAGACGCAGAGUGCCGAGCCUGCUGGGAGUCCUCGGUCUCCAACCAAGUGGUACAUGAAGCUUGUGCCCGCUCGCUACAGGAAGGAGCAGGCCUCGACCCAGUCGGUUCCCUGGAUCCCCCCAGUGGACAACCUGCUGAAAGACAGUACGGAUGGCUCAGCCCUGGGUGCUCUGCUGCACUUCUACUGUCCUCAGCUGCUGCCGUUGGACGAUGUCUGUCUGAAGGAGAACAUGACGCUGGCUGAUCGGCUGUACAACCUGCAGCUCAUACAGGACUUCUGCAAAGACAACCUGAACAGCUGCUGCCACUUCAGCUUGGAGGACAUGCUCUACGCCUCGUCCACCAUCAAGAAUAACUACUUGGUGUUCAUGGCAGAGCUGUUCUGGUGGUUUGAGGUGGUCAAGCCGUCUUUUGUGAAGCCCAGAAUGCUGGACAAUGAAGGCACAGAGCCCUCAUCAUUGUUGAAGAAUAUGCCACUCAUCCCCAUCUCCAAGGCAACCAAGAGGAGCUUCAUGGAAAGACCCCCAAGUCCUGAAAGACCCAGUUUGCCUCUACGACCCCAGCCUCGAAGCUCAGGAGAGAUCAAGAGGUCAACUUCAAUGUCCUUUGUCGAUGGCAACCUCGGCACCUGGCCUAAAGAGAAAAGGUCUGGGCCUUAUGGAGUGUCCUUUGACAUCCCCUUUGACAAAGAGGACUCUGCUUCUAUGAGUCUUUCCUCUACGCGUGGCAUGGUCAGGUCCGUCAGCACUGAUGAUGGUUCUGGUUUCAAGGUCCACCACCUGCCCCGUGGAAUGAAGCGUAACCUGUCCUUCCAGCCAGUGAAUGGUCAGAGUGUCGGUAUUGAGGAGGAGGGCUGCCCAGACAGCCUGGCAGGUGUGGAGCCCACUAGGCGAGCGUUCCCCAAUGGACAUGGCAAUGUCAUAGCAACAACUCCCUCCAUGGAGGAAGCCCUUCAGAUAAUCCACAGCCCAAACAGGCCCCCGCUGGAGGGGAUCAACAACGGUUUCUUCCUGCACUCUCAGGGCCACGGGGCAAGUGUAAGUGUCUUGGAGCCAGUGUCAGAGUCGGACUCCAAAGGUCCUCUGAGCACCACAGACACCACCGAAGUGGACACUGGCAUCCAUAUUCAUACAGAGGACAUGCUGGAUGAGGAUUCCUCUCUGAAAGACUGCUCUGUGAACAUGGACUUGGAUAUGGACACACCAAGCCCCUGCCCAAGCAAUCAAAGCAAAUCCCCCUCAGGAGUGAGGAUGACCAGCUUUGCAGAACAGAAGAAGAAGAAGCAUUCUCCAUCAUUGCCAGACUCAGGGAGGUGCAGCAGCAGCUCCCUCAAGACCACUCCUGAGGGCUCUGACUUUGGCCUCCCAUUAUCUGUCUCCUGGGCCCCGACCCCUGAGCACAGCCCCAUCCAUCAACAAAUCACACCUACUCUCACUGCUCAAGCAUCGCCCACACCUGUACAACUUCCACCCAACGACCCAGCUCAGGUUAUGGCUACAGAGAUGGUGCAGCUGAGGAUGAGGUUGGAGGAGAAGCGCAAAGCCAUCGAAGCACAGAAGAAGAAAGUGGAGGCUGCUUUUACAAGGCAUCGGCAAAAGAUGGGUCACUCUGCGUUUCUCAACGUGGUAAAGAGAAAAGGAGAUGGGGCUGCCAGCGGAGAAGAAGGAGGCAAGAUUGAGGGAGAAGGCAAGGCAGCAAGUCCCACCUUCAAAUUUGGGAGGAGCAAGGCAGACACACCUGAUGGGGCAGAGCAAAGCAGCACAGCCUCCUGUUGGACAAAAUCACCUGGUGCAGGAGAGGAAGGUGGUCAAAGCCAUGCUCAGCUCACCGAGGUAGACCUCACUGAGUAUACACGUUCUAUUGAGAAACUCAACCAUUCGUUAGCUUUCCUCCAGACUGAGAUGCAGCGACUCGCUCAGCAGCAGGAAGUCAUCAUGGCCAUGAGGGAGCAACAACAUCAGCAGGCAUGGGUAAUCCCUCCUCCACAUACAAACCCAUCACCACAAAAACACAGUCGAGCCGUUACUCGAUCCUCAGGACCCUCUUCUCCUGCUGACUCCCCUCGUUCCACCCACCGCUCUCCAACCAGCAUCAAACGCAAAUCUGCCUCUUUUCACUCACGUAAUCCUCGCACCGCUCGACCCAGCGAGCUAAAGUUGGCACCUUAUAAUCGAGUCCUAACUGCCCCGCAAUCUGUCGACAGCAUCCCCAGGCUACGGCGAUUUUCUCCCUGCCAGCCCUUGGCAAGUUCCUUUGUUUACUUGGGGGAGAAACCAGCAACCGCCAACCCAGACACAGUAGCCUCAGAUGGAGAUAAAAACAAGGAGACGGUGUCACUCCUCUCCCCAGAGAGGGAGAUUGCCAGUAUAUGUGUAGCCAACUCACCUCCCAGCUCUCCCAAAAGGGAACAAACAGAAGCAGAUUCUGUUCAGAAGCCAGUUGCAGAGCUGAAACCUACCAUAGAGUCAACGUUUCCUGAAGUGCUUGCCCACCCUGUGGUAGAGACCUUCACCGUGACACCUACAGAGAUCCCUCCCCUACCAGACGCCUCAAGCCAAGGCAAGACCAGUUUGAUUGAGGUUCCUCUGUCAGUUGUGAAGCCACUGGAGGAUCUGACACUCGAUGAUAGUUCGGAGAUGCAGCAGGGUGAUGAGGAAGGCCCGGAUCACGAUCAGAAGAUGUGUCGGGGUUUCUUCUUCAAGGCGGACGGAAAGGCCGAGGAGAACAUGGCUCAGAAGAGGGCUGCGCUGCUGGAGAAGAGGAUGAGGAGGGAGAAGGAGAGCCAGCAGAGGAAGAUGCAGCAGGAGGCUGAGUUGGAGCAGAAGAAGGAGGAAGCUCGACUGAAAGCAGAAGAGGAGCGCAUCAGGAAGGAGGAGGACAAGGCCAGGAGGGAGUUCAUCAAGCAGGAGUAUCUCAGGAGGAAGCAGCUGAAACUGAUGGAGGACAUGGACACUGUCAUUAAACCUCGACCGGGCGGCGGGGCCAAGCAGAGGCGGGGCCGUCCCAAGUCCAUCCAUCGCGACAGCAUGGACUCCCCCAAAACCCCUGUCAGAGCUGCCACAGGUUCACGCCAACGUGUCUUUUCAGUCUCCAGCUUGUCCCUCGCCUCCCUCAACCUGGGAGACAGCGACAGCGUUCACUCUGAGAAGAGAUCGCCAAGAAGUGCUAGUUUAGCCUCUGGCGGUCUCUUCUACUUUCUGAGCUCUCCUAAACUGAGAAGGAGAAGGCCAGAUUCUGCAGAUGGCUUCCUGUCCCCGAGUCGCUCCAGCAGCAGAAAUGGAGAGAAGGACUGGGAAAAUGGCUCCACGACCUCCUCUGUUACAUCUAACACAGAGUACACUGGACCAAAGCUAUACAAGGAGCCCAGUGCCAAAUCUAACAAGCACAUCAUCCAGAACGCUCUGGCCCACUGCUGCCUCGCAGGCAAGGUUAAUGAGGGCCAGAAGAACAAGAUCCUGGAGGAAAUGGAGAAAUCCGGCGCCAACAACUUCUUGGUUUUGUUCCGAGACGCCGGCUGCCAGUUCCGCUCCCUCUACACCUACUGCCCCGAGACGGAGGAGAUCAACAAGCUGACGGGCAUCGGCCCCAAGAGCAUCACGCGCAAGAUGAUCGACGGCCUCUACAAGUACAACUCGGACAAGAAGCAGUUCAGCCAGAUACCAGCCAAGACCAUGUCGGCCAACGUGGAUGCAGUGACGAUCCACAGCCAUCUGUGGCAAACCAAGAAGCCAGCCACCCCUAAAAAAGUAGUGCCUGCCCAGUCCUAAUGGAACUUGAUACCCCCAAUCCCUCCUCCCAUCCCCCCUCAAACAGAACAUACCAACUUCAAUUUGCACUUCACUGUACAUAUCCAUGAAGAUUCAAGCACCUGCAAUGCCAGUUAGAUGAAUGCAUAUAUGUCUUUUUUUAUGUUUGUUCGUUUUUGUCCCCCUCAUUGCAUUCCCGUCCGUGUUUCUCCUCCCAACUCUGGACUGGACAUGACAGGACUCAAAGAUUAUGAACAACUGGAAUGUAUGCCAUUGUUGAAGAAUGAUGUAAAUGCUUAUCACCCCGUGUUUUUAAGAGAUUGUCACAUUUGAGUCGAAUCAUGAAGGCAUGUGUGUGAGCGUUAUUUUGUUUCCUAUGUGCCAAACGUCAAAAAAAGAGACAGUAUGAAUGCUAGGACAUUUUACUGAAGCACUGAAUGUUUUUAAUUCAUGUACAGAUUGAUUUCUGUUUGCAUUAUCCUGUUGAGGCGUGGCCUUAUGCGCAUUUUGUUUCAGCGUGUGAGUGCAAUGAGGUGAUUGUAAAAAAAGAACAAAAAAACAAAAGCGUAUACAGAGGCUUUUUUUGUAUUUGGAAGAACACUUUUUUCUUCAUCUCUGUGGGUACAACAGUUUGUAUAUUAAGGUACGUAAAACUUACAAAGGGCCAAAAAAAAGAAUUGCAUACAGCUAGCGUUAGCCACACAGGACGUGUGUGAUCAGCUCAACAAAGCAAAGCGGUUUCAGCUUUUUCAGAACCCCUUUUUUCGAGAAAGUGAUUUUAAAGAAUGCAGGACGUUACUGUAGAUCACUGGUUCUCAGCCUGUGGGUCGGGACACCUGCAGACGACUUGAGCUAUAAUGCGUGAUGUGUAAAAAUAUAUUUCUAAUAUACAAGUAUGCUGUCAUGUUUGUAACUGUUGUGUUCAGUUCCUUUCUCUCAUGAUAUACAGAAGUAGCUUCAACCUCAAGACGAACUCCAAGAAGAAAAAUUGACUGAAAGUGAAAAUAAAAGAUCACCUCGCUGCUGGUUUACAGCAGAUUUGUGAACAAAGUGAACAGCUCAGUAUUAUUUUAUUCCUAUUUUUAAUGCUGCCUUUGAACCAUGUAGGAUUUUUCCAGUAUAAAAUAAUAAUGUGAUUACACUCUCACCCGCUGGUAUCAGGAAUAUGACAAGGACAUGACACCUAGGAGCUAUUUCUCUUUAUAUAAAUAUCAGGAAGUAAAAUUAAAUAAAUCUUUGUGUUCUUCAGAUUCACACUGAGCUUACUCAUCUUCAAAAAAGUCCGCACUUAUUCUACUCUAAGGCACUUUUGGUAAAAGCAUCCACCAAACACCAAAUCUAGUAAACAGUUUGUAUACAAAGUUUAGAUCGCUGAUUAGUUAAAAAUAAAAUGCUCUGUUAUUUAAAAGAGAAAAAAGGCCAGUCAUACAUCACAGCAAGAAUCGCCUGAUAUAUUAAAAUGGCCACUGUUAUUAUGGUUGUGUCAGUUUCAACACAUCUGUUGCUCUUACAUAACACAAAUGUGUGUUGACCCAAGAGUGUGUAUAAGCAGCAUAUUUGCCAGUUGCCUAUAGAUGCAACAUGUCCAAUUUGUUUCUAUUAUUAGGAGAGUGACCUUCACACAAUAAUGCAAGGCAGAAUAGGGCAGAUCCUUGUCGCUGCAUACGGGUAGAGACUCGCCACAGAGUUUCAUUGGUGUCAGUAUCACGUUCCUUUCACCGCCGAAUGUCAAAUCAACACCAUUUGUAGGUUCCAACGAAAACAGAUCUGCGAACACGGUGCUUUGUUUUAAACUGGGGGAGGGGGAUAUUUAUGACCAAAAGAGAGCAUGUACAUGUCUUUGAAAAUGUAAUCUAGUAUGACGGAGUGUUCCUCUGUUGUUUAUUUGAAGGAUUACUUGUCCUAAGAAGCUCUGUCCACCUGCUUAUGGCUGUUUAAGGCCAAGGUAAAUGGUUAUUUAAACUGUAAUGAUAUUGUACAGUGUGUUCAUGUGAGCUCAUACCUAUUCACUAUGAUGACUUUGUUUUGUUUCGUCAGACGCUGUGCUGUCAUUCAACAUAUUGCUGAACAUGUAGUUUUUUUUUCCCUCUCCUUUUUUUGGCAUUCAAUAAAACUAAGCAUGGCCUCAGCAUUAA